UUGACCCUCGCCACCCUCCCCGCUGUCCUUUCCAGAUCGUCCCCUUCUGUGGGCACAUCAAAGGAGGAAUGAGGCCGGGAAAGAAGAUCUUAGUUAUGGGCAUAGUGGACCUCAACCCCGAGAGCUUUGGCAUCAGUCUGACUUGCGGGGAGUCGGAAGAUCCUCCUGCGGAUAUAGCUAUUGAACUGAAAGCCGUGUUUACAGACAGACAGUUUGUCAGAAACUCUUGUGUAGCCGGAGAAUGGGGGGAAGAGCAAUCAUCUAUUCCUUACUUUCCAUUUAUACCGGACCAGCCUUUUAGGGUUGAGAUACUUUGCGAGCAUCCCCGUUUUAGAAUAUUUGUGGAUGGACAUCAGCUCUUUGAUUUUUACCACCGUAUUGAAACACUGUCAGCAAUUGACACGAUAAAGAUAAAUGGAGAUCUUCAGCUUACAAAACUUGGCUGAGCUUGUUAGGAAUGCAGAUUCCAAACCGGUUCAGGUGCCAUCGUCGUUUUGGAGAAGUGACAGCCGGCUCUGGACACAGCUAUGGUAGGAAGGCUGCCCCGUUCCUUUUCCGCAUGCAGUUCUUCACUCCUGUGCCAAUGAACCGGGCUGUUGUUUAUCCUAAUGAAGAACAUUGUUGGUUAAUAGACAUUGAGCCGUUUUUCUUGGAUCAAAAUAGCCCACCUGUGCUGGAUAAUCAAAUUGGAAUGGAUUCAGAAAGACUUGCAGUCUUGUUUCAAAUCUCACAGAAAGGCAAUUUCUGAAAUGCAGCGCUAAAACCGGUUACUGAACAGCAGUGACAACAAAAAAAAGUUUUUCUUUUGCAAAUACUGUUUCUGCACUGAAGUGGAGUAGUGUAGCACAACAUAGGGCCACGUGCUGACGUCCUUACCCGGGGCCUGAGCCUGGUUCCAUGGAAAUUGAUGGCAAAACUCCCACUCACUUUAACGGGGUACAAUCAAACUGUCUAGUCCUUAGUCAAGCACAAUUCCCACUGAUUUCUAUGGGAUUUUUGCACACGCCUGGGGGCCAGCUCUUCUGCUUGUGUAAAUCAGCAUUACCUUCAUGGCUUGCAAUGGAAUUUUGCCGAUUGCUCCCAGCUGCCGAUUUGGCCCAAGGACUGUGCAAAAACUGAAUGAGGGUGUGAGGACACAGCCUGUGUAUUUUAGUCAGGGUAUUUGCAUAGAAUGUAGAUCGUAACGAGUUUUUGCACAAUGUAUUGUUAAUACAAUUUUUAAAGCUUAUCUGUAGUUUAUUUAUUUAUACUCCUUGUAUGUAUUAUUAGUAAAAAUGAACAAUCUUACUGAUGGUUAAGAACAGCAAAGUGUAAACAUUUUGAAUGUACAAAAAUGUCUUAGGUUCUUUGGGUAAGCUUUACGUAUCAUUCUUGAAAAAACAUGUUUCCUAUCGAACAUUUAGUUACAUUUUAAUGGAGCCCUCUAGGCCCUGGGAAAAUGUGGGCACAGUAGUUGGUGGGGGUGGGGGGAACUCUUUGCAUAUUCACUAGAAACUGCUUUUCAGGGCUUACUAACUUUGCUGCACAGGAUAGGUUUGAGUUAAAGUCGAUCCAUUUUAAAAAAUUAAACAGCAGAUUUGUAGGUUUAACUGUGCUUUUAUAACCUGAGAAAAAGUUAAAUUUGGCAGUCUCUUAGUUCAGAAAGAGAACCAGCCUCUUUCCAAGGGAGAUGGGAGAUAUUUUGCACUUGUUUGAGAACAUAUUCGGCCUUUGAUAUGACAAUUAAAACUUGUCUAGACAGCCAAGUUAUUAAUGCUUGAAAAUCAGCUACUGCACAUGAAUAAUAACUUUUCAAGUAGCUUUUUAAAUAGUAGGUAUAGCUGUAUAAACACAGUCAUUGCGUUACACUAUAAAUGAACACAGCCAAAAAAAAAUCACCCCAGCCACUUUUCUUGAAUUCUUUAGGACUAAAUAGACUUUUUUUUCCUUGGCUGCUCACAAUAGACUAUAGCAGGUCUUUCUGAGUAGUUAUAAUCAUGAUAUAAACAUAUAUUUAGGCAAUUUUGAAAACAUGUAAUAUAGGGACUUUCUAAGACAUAAUACAAAAACAUCCUUUGUAGCACAGUAUUUUAAAAAAGAGAGAGAAGAAUCUCACAAACAGAACUAUGUGAAACCUGCAAUAAAGCUGUGGUUUAAAGCAACCAGAACUGGAAUAUCCAAAGUUAAGGGUAGAAUGCCAGUUGCAAAGCCUCAUUUUGCGCUAAUUUGGCCUGCAGUUAAGAAGCCUUAGACUGCAAGCUGAAAUUCCAACUGUGGCUCUAGUCCAAAGCCUGUUGAGGUCAAUCAGAGUCCUCCGAGCAUAGAAGCCUGAUUAUUAUUUCAUGCAAGUGCAAAUCUCUUUGUAAAGCCAGGGGGGCGUUGCUGCUGCUGCAGACAAGUUAAGAAUGAGGCUGCCACCUAUAAAAUACAAGUUAAAAAUGGAAUUUUUAGCCUUAACAUUGACAUUCCCUGACUUUUCCUCCUUUUUCCAAAUUAAGAGAGAACCUGUUGUUUUCCAGAUGAUUUUUUAAUCUGGUGUGUGGCUUUUAAGUUGUACAUCAGAUUCUAUUUGUACUCCAGAUUGAAUCUUGAUAUGAAAUGUUCCUGUCUUGCUCUGUUUUUACUCUUUUACAUGAUACAUGAUGACUGUGUCAUUUUCCAUUGUAUAAAGAAUGCUGACAGUGUUUCGGUACAAAAUAGGUUCUUAAAAAUUAUGAUGAUGAUGAUGGUGAUGAUAAUAAAAAUCCAAGGGAAAGGUGCUUCUACAUGAGGUGUUUGGAUUUUUCUCCAGCUUGGAAAUGCUGUAUGGUUCCGAAGGAGAUGAAGGCAGAAGACGAAUUCUGUUUGGAGAGGUAUUUAGCACCCUCCCUGCCUAGUGCGUUCUCCAACUAGAUAUGUAAAGCCAGGUUUGCUGAUGCAGUGCCAUUGCCUGAGGCUGUCCUGCUAGUCCAAGUGGGCCAUAAAGUAGGAGGCUGGAGAGAGUAAGUAGCACCAUGACCCUACAGUAGCACAAAACCAAAAGGGAUCUCCCUGACGGCACAACGCCAGUAGAGAUUUCCCCUCCAUGCCUUUACCGUAGCCCAGAAAAAGGGAUUUGGCUGAUUUGAAUUUUCAGCUGCUUGGGAUUCCUGGUAGCAGGAGUAGGUUAGCACAGCCCUCGGACUUUUCCUAUCCUGCACAGGCUUGGCACAGCAUAGUGUCCAGGCCAGGGAUGCUGAGAUGAACUCAUUGCACCACCAUGUCAGCGGUGUCUCUGUCAGGAGCAAGGGCCCAGUGAUACUGCCCUGCCUCUGUUCCCAGCCGCUGUGCUGGGCACUCCCGUUUCUUCCCGUUCUAGUAGUUUUCUGUCUCAGGAAAAUGCUUUUUUGAAGCUGAUUCUGGUUUUGGCUUUGCAUAACUCUACCAACCGCAGCACCCACCACCUGAUUCUGCCCUGUUGUGGUUUCCGAGCCUGGCUUCGAGGCAAGAAGGGCUGUGAACCCACUUCUGAUGGGUUGUGGUUUGGCUGAGAGCUCAGGAGAGGGCAGAAAGUCACAGUUACGGCUUCCACAUCUAUUUGUCUGUCUAACACCAGUUUGGAAGCCUUUUUAUUUUUCUUUUGCUCUUGGGCAGUACCAGGCUAUGGCAGGCGAAGGAAGGAUGAUGUCUAUGUAUCCAAGGGCUGUUGCACUCAUGCUCGGUUUACGUUGGCUGACCGCGUUCAGAAGCUGCUGCUGAACGCUGCGAUGUGCAGUGUAAGUCAGAGAAAACCGAGGCCUUAAACUUUUCUGUUCAGUUGAACUUUGAGCCAAAUCCAAACAUUUAAGAUGGAAGACUAUGCUGCAAAAUUUAUAUCUGAAUUCUUCGGUCUCCACAAUUUAGGGAUUAUUCAGAUCUUCAUUUUGGAUAUAUAUCCUACCAGACCUGAAAUAAGACUGUUUCCAAAUUGGGCCAGGUUUUUAAAAUGUUUUUCAGUCGGGACAAGUAGUCUGUGAGCUUCUUGGAAGCUGCAAUUCUUCAGGACUAAGUGAGUGUGUGAACCAACUUUUGAAAUCUUAUGCUAAAAUUUAUUUUCUGAAUAUUUCCGUGGUUUCCUCUGAAUGAGGAAAUUAAUUCUGAAAUGAAAGAAGCCUUGAAUGGGUAAACCCCACGUGGAAUGGAAUCCCUGAACUUAGCAUAGCUUCAUUUUUUCCAAAGAGGAAAAAGAAAAUAAAACAAAAAAACCAUGACCAAAUUAUUUAGUUACGUUUGGAAUUGGCUUUGAUAAAGCUGAUUUAAUUAGAAAAAAAAAAGAGGUUAUUGCCUACUUAGAAAGAGCCUUGAAAUACUUCAGUAUCAUGUGAGGUAGUCUGUAUCUAAACAUAUUUCACAUAAAUGCUUUUUCACAGCCAAGUUGUUAAAAAUGUUACAAAAUACCUUCUUUUUGUGUCACAAUUAGAAAUGUUUGCCCCAGCUUGAAAGAACAUUUUGUAUUAAAUAUUCAUGUUGUCUAUGUGAACUUGCACUAACAUAUAUUAUAUUCUCGCUCUCCUCCUUGACUAGCUUGAGAAGAAAUAGGCGUAAUAUUGCUAAACCGGUUGAAUGUGACAUCUGCUUGAGGCAUAGCAUCUUUCUCAAGGGCUGUUUUGAGUAAACAGCCUGAAAACCAAAGGGAGAGCCUGAUUCACCAUUCUGCUGUGCCAGCUUUCCACCCCUGUCACUCUUCUGCUGUGAGGCUGAGACUGAAGCCCUGAGAUUUUAUUGUAAGAGAGGAGCACUGAGACUUUUAUCUUCCGGGAUUUAAAACUGUUCACUGUGGAGGAAACAAGAACAGAGUAGCCACAGCACUCUCAAGCUUGGUAGUAAGGUUGGGGUAGCAUGACGUGCUGUAGUCCUAACGUAGCAUGAGUUCAGAGGGAGGUAGUGGGCAUUUCAGAGCCAGCCAAGAGCACAGGCUGUGGAGCUGCGUGACAGUUUCCCAGGGAUGGGCAUUUGUGACAUUGUUAGCUGCCACCUUCUGCAACCCCAUACUAGGACACACAGCAAAAAACCAGCGUUGCUUGCAAGUUUGGAAGGCAUGAAUGGGUUCAUGUUCCUACUCGCCUUCUUUAAAAGAGGCUCCCAAAUAAAUAAUAGGAAAAUUUAGGAGUAGCCAUGCCACUAAGGUAUUUUUUUUCCCAAAGACAUUCAAGCAGUGUAUCUGAUGUGGGGCUCAUCUUACCUCCCACCCAUGAGAAGUGCUCCCCACAGAAAACUACAGCACUGCUUUCUGCACUGAGGCUGGUUACAGUGACCUUUCCAUGCAGAAAACUGCAGAACCGCAAUUCUGCUGAGCCAGUUAGUGGCGGCUCUAAGCAACCUCCCAGCACCCCUGGAAUUUAUAUGACAGUAUGAGGAACAAGAGUCAUGCUGAGGGCAGCCCUAAAUGCUCACUGUGAUAAGCACAGAAGUUAGGAAGAAAAGCUACCCAAGUCUAGGAACAGUUAGUGACCUGACGAGGUUUUUUGUAAUCGUGGGUAUUGUUCUGAUUUUCUCAUGUGGAUCAGAAAGUGUACAGGUAAAAGUCACUUUGCAAUGAAUGGUAUGUGGGGUUAGAACCAAGGCCAACCCAAACGGGGAGAAAAAAUGAGCUGCAGACGCUUUAUCUGGCUUUGAUACACCCUCCCAGCUCCUCCCAGCAAUCACUGCUGUUAUGAACAUACACAAUUACUACAACAAGGAGAUUCAACAGCAUGUGCAAGAUCAAAAUAAUAAACUCACACUUUGCCACAGGUUCUCCCUAGCUUCUGUUGCUAGGCCUCUCCAUCUGUCUGUCAACAAAUAACUAUAUCCUGCUGCUUUUAAAAUCCAUAACAAAAAUCCCUUUGACUUUCACGGAAAUAGGUCCAUAAGAAAAGGGGUAUUUCUAGCUCUCCCUCUCCAGUUAUUUUCAGCUGGAGCAUACUCUAAAAAUCUAUUCUUUCAUUCUCCUGAGUUUAUUUUUAAGUGUGAAUAGAGGACUAUUUCUGUCUGCUUUAUCCAUUUGAUAGAGUCAACAGAAAGCACUGCCUCUCUCUGCUGCAGUAACAUGGGUUUCACAGUUAGCCAAUGAAAUGUCAUACAUUCAUUACCUUCUGAUUUUAAAAAGUGAGGGUGUGCACAAAAUGACCUGGCAAUAGUAGUAAUAUGUAUCAUUUACCACAGAUCUAUUUUUAUGUGUUGUGCCAAUUUCAUAAUGAACUUUUAAUAACAAUAAAACAUGAAAUCUU